CGGGGAAACUAUAUCAACCGCUGUUCAACAUGGUUCACCCAAAUCAAGCAGCAUUUACAGAGGGCUUGAAUUAUGUAUUGCGCUCGUGGUCGGCUUUAAAAUUAGCUGUAGAGCAAGAUUGGGGUGGUCCCGAUUCUGAAGAGAAAAGAGAAUGGAUGGCGGAGACGCUCGUUGAAUAUUUCGGUGCAAAUGCAAAGAGACUCGAUGAAUUUGAUGUAGAGGAUAUCUUGGUACAGAUCAUGUCUGAUGAGUUUCAUACCGACUUAGAGGACGGAUCUGCGUAUGCUGUAGCAAAGCACCUGGUUUCCAUGUUCAACCAAUGCAUUCACGGUGACUUUUCAGAAGUUGCAAAGUUGAGAGAGAAAGUUGCAUCUCGAUCCCAUCAAUCGGCAGGCCAGUCUGCCAACAAUGAUGAAGACAGUGAGGACGAUGAUAGUGAAGCAGACGAAGAGGAUGACGCCAUGGAUGUCGAGGAACCAUCCGCUCCUCAGGAACCUCAAGGCCCCAUCAUUGACGAAGAUGGAUUUGAGCUCGUAACCAAGGGUAGACGAAGACGAUAAAUAAUGGUCAUUGAACGACCUUGUAUACACUUACUAAAUGUUAGCAUCAUCAUGAUGUCUGCCCAUGGCACAUCCAUAUCUGCAUUUUUCCAUCCUAAACUACAGUAGAUUCAUGUAAUAACAAUGACCUUGAAACCCCACUCAAUAAAAAAAAUUCAAAAAGACCGGGC